GUGGACACGGGCUGUGGUUUGGGGCCUGACAGGGCUUGUGUGGGGCUCUGAGGUGACACCCCUGACUGUGUGGGGCUGACCGUUUUUCUUCAACUUAUUUGUCCUGGACAGGGGCAUAGAUCCUGAGCCAGCUGUGUCACCUCAGCAGCCUCGACAUGGACAACAGAAAGCGCCUGGCCUACGCCAUCAUCCAGUUUCUGCACGGCCAGCUACGGAAUGGUGGGCUUUCUCCUGAUGCCCAGGAGAGCCUAGAGGUUGCCAUCCAGUGUCUGGAGACAGCCUUUGGGGUGACAGUGGAGGACAGUGACCUAGCUCUGCCACAGACACUGCCAGAGAUAUUUGAAGCCGCUGCUACCAGCAAGCAGGAGAUGCCACAGGACCCAAGGGGCUCUGACAGGACGCCACCUUCUGAGGAGGACUCCGCUGAGGCAGAGCGCCUCAAAACUGAAGGUAAUGAGCAGAUGAAGCUAGAGAACUUUGAGGCAGCUGUACAUCUCUAUGGCAAGGCCAUUGAGCUCAACCCCUCCAAUGCCGUCUACUUUUGUAACAGAGCUGCGGCCUACAGCAAGCUGGGGAACUACGUGGGGGCUGUGCAGGACUGUGAACGUGCCAUUGGCAUCGACCCAGGCUAUAGCAAAGCCUAUGGCCGCAUGGGCCUUGCACUCUCCAGCCUGAAUAAGCAUGCCGAAGCCGUGGCUUACUACAAGAAAGCCCUGGAGCUGGACCCUGAGAAUGACACUUAUAAGUCCAACCUCAAGAUCGCAGAGCUGAAACUGCGGGAGGCACCAAGUCCCACGGGAGGCGUGGGCAGUUUGGACAUCGCCGGCCUGCUGAACAACCCACACUUCAUCACUAUGGCUUCCAGCUUAAUGAACAGUCCCCAACUGCAGCAGCUGAUGUCAGGCAUGAUCUCUGGUGGCCAUAACCCCUUGGGUACCCCAGGCAGCAGUUCAUCACAGAGUGACUUGGCCAGCCUCAUCCAGGCGGGCCAGCAGUUUGCACAGCAGAUGCAGCAGCAGAACCCGGAGUUCGUGGAGCAGAUCCGGAGCCAGGUGGUGCGCAGCCGGACACCCAGUGCCAGCCAUGAGGAGCAGCAAGAGUGACGCUCAUCUGUGUGGUGAUCCCAUCGAUCUUUGGCCUCCUGGUGUUUUAGCCUUUUCUCCGUCGGGCUGCCCAAGAAAGAGACUGGACCUGCAUGUUAAGACGGACUCAUCCGCUGUUUCUCUUCACCCCCACUUCCAUGUUUGUAUUCGUGCUGGCCCCACCCCUUCCUGGAAGAGAGUCAGCCAGACAGCUACGCACCAGCACCCAUUCCUCCAGCACCUAGGGAAGCUGAGGGGUGGGGGACACAGGGAUCCACGGGGCAUAGCCUGGGUCUUUGGGUCUCAAGCCCCACCCCGCCUGGUUAAAGAGACUUGAAUAGUUGACUCUCAGCCCCCUGGUAAGCAUCCACUGCCAGCCCCAGCUGGGUGCCAGCGUUUUGCGCCCACACUUGGGUUGCUGGUCCUAGCAAGUGCCCCUGCCUGCCUUAUCCCAGUGGCCUAUGCCACACAGGAGAGGCCUGUGACUUGUGCCCCACUUGUGGACGUCCGUGUCUCCUUCCCCACCUUCCCUCCCGUCUCCACAGCCAUCAGCCAGUCCUAAUUUUGUGUGCAGUCCGGCUCCAUUCUCAGCGUGGGCAGAAGACGUGGCCACCCUGGCCCAUACUUGCCCUUCUGUCUUCAAUUUCAUGGGAAUUCGACGUCUGCGGUUGGCAGGCAGUUUUGGAGUAUUGGCCCACAGGCCAUGUUCUCAGCCCCGAAACAGCCACCAGAACCAUUUUUGAUGAGGAGUGGCUCUGUCCAGUGAGUGAGGCCAUGUGGGUAUCCCCACACCCACUCUCAGCACUUGGAGAUGGUGGGGAGGCGAGAUGACGGGACAGCUGACCCAGCAGUGGGUCAUGAUGGCGUCAGACUGUGUGGCAGGUAGUGUCAGCCUGGUGUGUUAUAGGUAGCCAGUAGGAAGAUGGGCCCCUUGGCCAGUGCCGUCCGCUUACAGGUGGCAGCAACGCCCACCUGGGCACAGACCACCUGGGUAAUAAAGAGACAAGGAUGACACUUG